AUGACGAGGCAGCCAGUGUUGUUGGCUGUGGUGUACCGCGACGGCAGUCACACUGGCGUGGUUCGGCACUACGAGUCCAGCACUGGUCAUCAAUCGGAGACCUCCAUUUUUGGUCGUGGAGAGACAGCUGCUCAACCCUCUUCCCACCCGAGGGUAUCCGUAGUUUACCUCGAAAAUCCUAGGGUGCCCAUAGGCGUGGCAAAGGAAAACCUCUUCGGGGUAGAUUACCUAGAGCCCAACAUGAUUACUGAAAAGGAGAUAGCCAAGUAUCGCACCGAGUACUGCAUCCCGGACUUGGUAAAGAUGAGGAUCUCGGGGCCUACCGAAUCCCUCGGCAACCUGAAAGACAACGAAGUCUUCUUUUUCACCAACGUUCUUCUGCAGGGGGUUCGGCUGCCAUUGCAGCCUGCCGUGCAGAGUAUACUGGCAUAG